CGAUAGGUAGCGCAGUCGGAAGCCGGGAGCGGGCGCUGCCGAGGGCCCUCUUCUCUCCUACACCGCGGACCUGGCUUUAGCGCACAGCUGGAGCUGGGGUGUCUGGGUCGUGGAUGGCGGCGGCAGCCGAGCCCGGGGCCCGGACCUGGCCGGGCAGUGGUUCUCCACGUCUCGGAAGCCCGGCCGGCAGCCCUGUGCUGGGCAUCUCGGGCCGCGCACGCCCCGGGUCAGGGCCGGAGCGGACCGGGAGAGCUAUUGGCCCCGCAGCUCCUGGUCACAGCUUUCGCAAGGUGACACUCACCAAGCCUACCUUCUGCCAUCUCUGCUCGGACUUCAUCUGGGGGCUGGCUGGCUUCCUGUGCGAUGUCUGCAACUUCAUGUCCCAUGAGAAGUGCCUGAAGCAGGUGAAGACGCCGUGCACAAGCAUUGCACCAAGCCUAGUACGGGUCCCUGUGGCUCACUGUUUUGGCUCCCUUGGGCUCUACAAGCGCAAGUUCUGUGUGGUCUGUCGCAAGAGCCUGGAGGUCCCUGCGCUCCGCUGUGAAGUGUGUGAGCUGCACGUUCACCCCGACUGUGUGCCCUUCGCCUGCAGCGACUGCCGUCAGUGCCACCAGGACGGACAGCAGGAUUAUGACACGUACCACCACCACUGGCGGGAGGGGAAUCUGCCUUCUGGUGCACGCUGUGAGGUCUGUAGGAAGACUUGCGGUUCCUCGGAUGUGCUGGCUGGCGUACGCUGCGAGUGGUGUGGUGUGCAGGCCCACUCAGUGUGCUCCACAACACUCACACCUGAGUGUACGUUUGGGCGUCUGCGGUCCAUGGUACUGCCUCCUUCAUGUGUGCGCCUGUUGUCCCGAAACUUCAACAAGAUGCACUGCUUCCGCAUCCCUGAGACCAUGGCCCAGGAGCUCGGCGAUGGGGAUGACGGCCUAGAUGGAAGUGCUGCCACAGGCACAGGCCGAGAGGUGCUGACAGCUACAGAAUCCACCAAACAGACCCUGAAGAUCUUCGAUGGCAAUGACUCUGUGAGGAAAAAUCAGUUUCGUCUGGUUACAGUUUCCCGCCUGGCUCAGAAUGAGGAGGUGAUGGAGGCAGCACUUCGGGCCUACUACAUCAAUGAGGACCCUCAGGACUUCCAGCUGCAGGCACUACCCCUAACCUCACUGUCUGGUAAUACCCAGGCCCUGGGGAAGGCUGGGACCACUGAGGAGGAGGCUGGCAAAGGCUCUGGGCCCCGGGAUUUCGCGUCUGAGGCCUGGGUCAUCAGGUCUCUGCCUCGUGCCGAGGAGAUCCUGAAGAUCUACCCUGGCUGGCUCAAGGUGGGUGUGGCCUACGUGUCCAUCCGUGUGAACUCCCAGAGUACCGCCCAGUCUGUGGUUCAAGAGGUUCUUCCACUGUUUGGACGACAGGUUGAGGAUCAGGAGAGAUUCCAACUGAUUGAGGUGCUCAUGAGCAGCAGACAAGUCCAACGGACAGUGCUGGUGGAUGAGGAACUUCUGCUAGACCGACUUUGGGACAUCCGACAGACAUCUGUGCGUCAGGUGAGCCAGACGCGGUUCUACGUGACCGAGAGCAGGGCCACGGUCCCACACGUCUCCAUGUUCGUGGGUGGCCUGCCACCUGGCCUGUCCCCCCAGGAUUACAGCAACCUGCUGCAUGAGGCCAUGGCCACCAAAGCUGCUGUGGUGUCUGUGAGUCACAUCUACUCCUUGCAAGGUGCAGUAAUUCUGGAUGUCACCUGCUUCGCGGAAGCUGAGCGGUUAUACAUGCUGGCCAGGGACACAACAGUGCAUGGCCGGCCACUGACUGCACUCGUGCUUCCAGAUGUGCUGCACACGAAGCUGCCUCCUGACUGCUGCCCUCUCCUCGUGUUUGUGAACCCCAAGAGUGGGGGCCUCAAGGGACGAGAACUGCUCUGCAGUUUCCGGAAGCUGCUAAAUCCACACCAGGUCUUUGAGCUGACCAACGGGGGCCCUCUUCCUGGGUUCCACCUUUUCUCCCAGGUGCCCUGUUUUCGGGUACUGGUGUGUGGUGGAGAUGGCACCGUGGGCUGGGUGCUCGCUGCCCUGGAGGAGACAAGGCGCCAUCUGGCCUGCCCAGAGCCACCUGUGGCCAUCCUGCCCCUGGGUACAGGGAAUGACCUUGGCCGGGUCCUCCGCUGGGGGGCAGGCUAUAGUGGUGAGGACCCAUUUUCUGUGCUGGUGUCUGUGGAUGAGGCUGAUGCUGUGCUCAUGGAUCGCUGGACAAUCCUGCUAGAUGCUCAUGAGACUGACAAUGCAGAGAACAGUGUGGCAGACACGGAGCCCCCCAAGAUUGUUCAGAUGAGUAACUACUGUGGCAUUGGUAUCGAUGCGGAACUCAGCCUAGACUUCCACCAGGCACGUGAAGAGGAGCCUGGCAAAUUCACAAGCAGGUUCCACAACAAGGGCGUGUAUGUGCGGGUCGGGCUGCAGAAGAUCAGCCACUCUAGAAGCCUGCACAAGGAGAUCCGGUUACAGGUGGAGCAGCAGGAAGUGGAGCUUCCCAGCAUUGAGGGCCUCAUCUUCAUCAACAUCCCCAGCUGGGGGUCAGGGGCUGACCUGUGGGGCUCUGACAACGACUCAAGGUUUGAGAAGCCACGUAUAGACGACGGGCUGUUGGAGGUGGUGGGUGUGACAGGUGUCGUGCACAUGGGCCAGGUACAAGGUGGGCUGCGCUCUGGAAUCCGAAUUGCUCAGGGCUCCUAUUUCCGAGUCACACUCCUCAAGGCUACUCCAGUGCAGGUGGAUGGUGAACCCUGGGUUCAGGCCCCAGGGCACAUGAUCAUCUCUGCUACUGCCCCUAAAGUUCACAUGCUGAGGAAGGCCAAGCAGAAGCCCAGGAAGGCUGGCGCCAUCAGGGAUACCAAAGGGGACACUCUGCCUGCUUCUGAGGGCAAUCCUUAAUAGAGGAGUCAAGAUGAAGGGUCUCAACCACCCAGCCUUUAUGUCUUUGGUUCUGUUCCAAGUCACACAUUGGCUGGCCAACAGAUGGACUUAGCUAUAGCACUGACCAUAGCAUCUUUAUGGGUAUUGGGAUGUUUCCAUCCCUCAUUCUCAUCCAAUGUCACGUGCAAAUUUAGGAAUGGGUAAAGUAACGGCCUUUGCUCACUCUGCCAUAGUACCAAUCUAUAUGACAUGGACAUGAGGCUCUGGCUAGCCUGUCUUCUGCACAAGACAGGUCUUUAUAGGCUAAGUGGAGCUGGUCCUAUUAGUCACACUCCUUCCUUGGAAAUCUCUUGGAACACCUUGGGCACAACACUUCUGGAUGCAGGCCAUCCAGGUGGGCCCUCUGAUCUCAUUUUGUCUUCUUGCAAAGCAGCUAACCCUGCUGGGCCCUGGCCUAGCAAAAACAGAAUGCUGCCUGUUCCUCUUGCACCCACACUGGAUGGGUAUGGCAUCCUCAAGUCCCCUGGGCUCAUCACCAGAUAGCAGUUUGAGCUGAAAACAUUAGUUCCAAGGUUUAAUCUAGCUUGUGGCCCUGAGCUGACAGAGCUAUAUACCUCUUUGUCUACUCUGAAGCUAGGUAAAUUUAGGUGUUGCCCACGUUAUCAAAGCUGGAAUGUGUGCCAGGCCCUGGGUGGGCACCUAGUGCCUGGAAGGGAUCAGUGCAGGGCCAGGUGGGGCCCAACUGAGGAGUGUGUAGAUACAUCCGCUCUUGUGGAGUGGCUAGAGCUUCUGUAGACUCGACUUAUAGCACUUUAUAUACAUGCUGUUUGCCAGGCUGUAGCCCUUCCUUGUACAUGUAGAACUUCUACUCUGGCUCCUACACAAAUGGAGGCAGCUCUGGUGGCCAGGCCUUACUGGGGGCAUCGGGUUCACAGAAUGAGACAAAGCUGUCUCUUCCAUGCACCGAAGAAUUCACUGUCACACUUCAGAAGAAUGUGUCAAAAAACGAGCCGUCUAGCUAAGCCUGGUGGUACAUGCCUGCAUAUUUCUUGGGGGCUAAAGCAAGAAAAUAGCAGGUUAAAGGCAUCACUGGGCAAUAGAGCUAAGGCCCCUUGCAAACAGUGAAAACAAGGUCCAACCCCAGCCCUUGAUGGGAGAGGACCUAGGUGAGAGGUCUCCCAUGUUCAUCUCCAAAAAAGUCAACAGGUCUAGAUCUUUAUCGUGUUUAUCAUCAGUGGGCCUGUGACCACCCAGGGAACCUACCUGCCUAGCAGCUUCGUGGGACCACUGUGGAACUCCUCACCUGCUUUUGCCAAAACUGCACACAGGUGCAUCCGACACCCAUGUUCUCAGUGUACGUGUUCCUCAUGUUUACAUCAUUUCAAUGUCCAAAAGAAAUUCUUUGUGGUAUAGUUUUUCACUUUUAUUUCAGUCUGUAGGAAUUGUUUGUAAAUUAUGGUCAGUGUAGCUUGUCCUCUGUAUUUAAGUGAGACUGUCCUUUUGUGGAAUGUGUCCUGUGCAUUGGUCCUAUCUCUGUGUGUAAUUUAUCACUACCUGAAUGUGAUGUAAUUUAUAUCUGGGCCAAAUACAGCGUGGGCUUUGCCGUCA